AUGGAGUUUGAUUCGUACCAGCAUUACUUCUACGAUCACGACGCCCAGGAGGAUUUCCAUCGCUCCACGGCACCCAGCGAGGACAUCUGGAAGAAGUUCGAGCUGGUUCCCACUCCCCCGCUGUCCCCGCUGGGCACCCCCGGGGAGAAGGGAUGCUGCUCGGGGGCGGAGGAGCGCCCGGGAUGGCUCUCCCGGUACUGCCUCGCCGGGGAAGAGCCGGAGUAUCUCAUAGGGACGGGGCAGAUCUUCGGCAACCUGAGCGCUUUCAUCCUCAAGGAUUGCAUGUGGAGCGGUUUUUCAGCGCGGGAGAGACUGGAGAAGGCGAUGACAGAGAAACUUUCCACGGGCACGCAGAGAGCCACCCCGCACAAACCGUCCUUCGCGCAGGAUUUUGGGUUCAGCAGCUCCUUCAGCGAGUGCGUGGAUCCCGCUGCCGUCUUCCUUUGCCCGCUGGCCGAGAGCAAGAUUCCCGCAUCCUCGGGAUCCGAGGGCCAGAGCGAUUCCGAAGGUGAAGAGAUCGACGUGGUGACAGUGGACAAGAGACAAUCUCUCAGCCUGAGGAAGCCGGUCACCAUCACGCUCCGUGCCGACCCCCUGGACCCCUGCAUGAAACGUUUCCACAUCUCCGUCCACCAGCAGCAGCACAACUACGCCGCCCGCUCGCCGCCUGACUCCUGCCCCCCGCCCGAGUCACCCCAGCAGGAGCAGGAGGAGGAGCAGGAUGAGCCACCCAGCACCGUGGAGCCAACCCCUGCCGUGAGCCUGCCUGAGCCUGGCUUGCCAAAACCCAGCAGCAGCCCCGGCUCGGACAGCGAGGACGUGGCCAAGAGGAAAAACCACAAUUUCCUGGAGCGCAAGCGGCGCAAUGACCUGCGCUCACGCUUCCUGGCCCUGCGGGACCAGGUGCCCGGGCUCGCCAGCUGCCCCAAAACCCCCAAAGUGGUGAUCCUGAGCAAAUCCUCGGAGUACCUGCAGUCCCUCAUCAGCGCUGAGAGGAGGAUGGCAGCUGAGAAGAGGCAGCUGCAGCUGCGCCAGACCCAGCUGCUCAAACGGAUUGCUCACCUUAAGGGGCACUAGCAACCGGUGUGCCUCCCACCCUGGUCCCCAGAACCCCCCAGCUCCUUCUCAAUUUGCACAUUUUUUUUUUUUUUUAAUUUUUUGGUUGCUUGUCGAACUGUUGGCCCUGGGGACUGGAGCAUGUGGCAGUGGCUGUGGGAAUGGGUCUGCAGCAGAGACCCCACACAGCGUCACCUACCCGGGGUUGGCUUCCUGGCACUGGGUGUUCCAAGAUUUUCCUUGGCCCUGCUGUGAAGAUUCCUCAGUGACUGCUCCAGCUCAAGAGCUCAAAUUUUAUUUCCCCUCCCCAGCAGCCCCUGCACCAC